UGAUAAACCGUGCAGUCACAGAGGGAACACAGAGCCUAGUUGUAAAGGGACAGAGAAAAGAGGAGCAAGGGAGGACGGUGGAUGACAGGGAAGACGAGUUGGGGCAGAGCUGCUCGGGACCAUGGCUGAGGCCAUCACCUAUGCAGAUCUGAGGUUUGUGAAGGCACCCCUGAAGAAGAGCAUCUCCAGCCGGUUAGGACAGGACCCAGGGGCUGAUGACGAUGGGGAACUCACCUAUGAGAAUGUUCAAGUGCCCCCAGUCCCAGGGGGACCCUCAAGCUUGGCUUCUUCUGGACUAGGCGACAAAGCAGCGGUCAAGUCGGAGCAGUCAACUGCGUCCUGGAGCGCCGUGACGUCACUAGCCGUCGGGCGGAUUCUCCCCUGCCGCACAGCCUGCCUGCGAUACUUCCUGCUCGGCCUGCUGCUCACCUGCCUGCUGUUAGGAGUAGCCGUCAUCUGCCUGGGAGUGCGCUAUCUGCAGGUGUCUCAGCAGCUCCAGCAGAUGAAUAGGGUUCUGGAAGCCACUAACAGCAGCCUGAGGCAGCAGCUCCACCUGAAGAUAAGGCAGCUGGGACAGAGCGCAGAGGAUCUGCAGGGGUCCAGGAGAGAGCUGGCGCAGAGUCAGGAAGCACUAGAGGUGGAACAGAGGGCUCAUCAGGCGGCCGAAGGGCAGCUACAGGCCUGCCAGACAGACAGCGAGAAGACGAAGGAGACCUUGCAAAGUGAGGAGCAACAGAGGAGGGCCUUGGAGCAGAAGCUGAGCAACAUGGAGAACAGACUGAAGCCCUUCUUCACAUGCCGCUCAUCAGACACCUGCUGUCCGAUGGGAUGGACAAUGCAUCAGAAAAGCUGCUUUUACAUCUCACCUACUUCGAAAACUUGGCAGGAGAGCCAAAAACAUUGUGAAACUCUGUCUUCCAAGCUGGCCACAUUCAGUGAAAUUUAUCAACAAUCACGUUCUUACUACGUCUUAAAUUGGCUGUUGCCAAAUGGUGGUUCAGGGAAUUCAUACUGGACUGGCCUCAGCUCUAACAAGGAUGAGAAGUUUACUGAUGAUACACAACACACUAGGGUUUAUGUUCAAAGUUCAAAAUGUACCAAGGUACAAAAAACUUGGUCAUGGUAUUGGACAACGGAGACAGAGGCAUGUGAACGUUCUCUUCCCUUCAUCUGUGAGAUGACAACUUUCAGAUUUCCCGAUUAGGACAGCCCUUUACACUGAACUGACACUCAUGCCAACAAGAAACUGUGCCCCUCCUUCCUAACCUGAGGCCUGCGGGUCCUCAGACCAUAUCCUCCCUGUGUUCCCUCAUUCUGGGCAGUGUCCAGCCACCAGCUGAUCCACACCUGACACUUCCAGCCAGCCUGCUGCCUGCUCCCUCUUCCUGAAACUGGACUGUUCUUGGGAAAAGGGUGAAGCCACCUCUAGAAGGGACUUUGGCCUCCCCGCAAGAACUUCCCAUGGUAGAAUGGGGCGGGGGAGGAGGGCGCACGGGUUGAGUGGAUAGGGGCAGCCCGGAGCCAGCCAGGCAGUUUUAUUGAAAUCUUUUUAAAUAAUUGCACGUGUUAGUCUCAUGUGUCAGCAA